AUGGUAAGUGCGUUUAAGCCAGAUGAAAGAGUUUUAUGUUUUCAUGGGCCUUUGCUUUAUGAAGCUAAAGUUCUCAGUGCAGAACUAAGAGAGCCGGAGGAUGCAGGUGAAAAUGCUGAAAAAGAGCCUCAUUUGCGUGUCCAUUAUAAGGGCUGGAAAUCAACAUGGGAUGAAUGGGUACCAGAAGAUCGUGCGUUGAAGUGGACAGAAGAGAAUUUGGCUACGCAGAAGGAGUUACAGAUGGCUGCACUUGCUGCGCAAAAGAAAACUGGACGAAGAGGCUCAGGAAGAUCUAGCGAGUUGACGGAAGGGGGACCGCCUCAUCCACGAGGCCAGAAACGCUCAAGAGAUACUGAUCUAGAGAAGGAAGAGGAUUUUACUGCUAAACCGGAAAUUAAUAUUCCAAUUCCUGAUACAUUAAAAGCACAGCUUGUUGAUGAUUGGGAAAAUAUAACAAAGAAUCAACAACUUGUUUCAUUGCCACGAUCUCCAACUGUAACUGAAAUUUUACAAAAUUAUAAAAACUCUAUUUUAGCAUUUCAAAAAAAACGGUUUACUGACUUGGAUACCGAUAUAUUUGAGGAAGUCGUAUCGGGUAUUAAGUUGUACUUUGAUCGAUGUUUGGGUAAUAUUUUAUUAUACCGCUUUGAAAGACAACAAUAUUCAGAUAUACGGAAAACCGCUAAAAAUAAAGAAAUGAGUGAUAUUUAUGGUGCAGAACAUUUGCUUCGAUUAUUCGUAACCCUUCCUGAAUUAAUUGCACAUACAAAUAUGGAUUAUCAGAGUAUACAAAUAUUAAAGAAUUAUAUCAAAGACUUUUUAAAAUUUCUUGUUAAGAAUCAAGCAGAAUAUUUUUUAAAGAUAUACGAAAACGCUUCACCAAAUUAUCAAUCACUUGUACGAGGUAUAUAG